AUGUCUCUAAUUACAAACUUGAGAGCAUACUUGCAGCGGUCAUUGACCAGCUUUACAGCAGUUGGAACCCCAGCCAGAUCUCAAAGUCCGUCCGGAGGCGAACCUCCUCCUAAGUGCCGAUAUCGUCUGGACAACGAUAGUUCCGACACUCUCACCCUGCCCGAUGGACGAAAUCUCGGGUGCUCUCGUCUAGAGGCUGCUGGUUAUGAUGACUUGGGCCUGAAGUUAGGUGCUCGGAUUAUUGCUGCAGAUAGACCAGGCUAUGGCUGGAGCUCAUCACAUCCUGAUCGAACACUACUUGAUUAUCCAAAGGACAUAGAAUAUCUUGCCAACCAUCUCAAGUUGGAUGAAUACAGCGUUUUGGGAGUAUCAGGAGGUGGACCUUAUGCUCUCGUGUGUGCAAUGUCAUUAUCUCCCGAUAAGCUCAAGUCUGUUUCUAUCGUCUGUGGUCUUGGUCCGCCUGACAUCGGGAUGCGUGGUGCGGACUUUAUACACUGGAUUGGCUUUCCUUAUGGAUGGCGAUAUAGCCCCGCCAUUUUGUUGCGAUGGUUUCUCCAACGAGACCCAGCAGCACGCUUGGACUGGAGUGACGAAAAGCGUUUUGAGGUUCUCCAGCAGCAGAUUGCAAGCUCUAAAGCAACGACCCAUAAGAAAGACCUUGAAGUCACGACAGAUGAAGACUUUCUGAGAUUGUUCCUGCGAUCCUCGCGGGAAAGUUACGCUCAAGGCUUUGAUGGGACGUUGCAGGAUGGCAAGGUGAUGUGUACAGACUUUGCUUUUCGGAUAGAGGAUAUUCGCCACGACUUACCUAUACAACUGUGGUAUGGAAAGCAUGAUACUCACGUUCCACUUAACCAUGGCGAGCAAAUAGCGGCACGGCUGGGCGGUAGAGCGACUUUCAGGGUUGAGGAUGAGACCCACGCGAGUAUUUCACAACACUGGAAGAGUGAGCAAUUGGAAGCUUUGAUAAAGAGCAUGUAA